AUGGUCGCUGUCGCACAAUCCUCUUCGUCCAAAGAACCCGCACAUUCGAUCGUGAGUCGAACGUCAAAGGCAUCAGCGGAGGUCGUGGCCAACAUCAUGCAGUCUCUUGACAUCAGUGCUCCACGCAUCAAUGGUCGGGUACUGGUCCAUCCAGCCACCAAGAUAACAGCACAACCGCCGGCGUCAAUACUUUUCAAUCCAUCCAAGUCUCUACUUACUUAUACUUUGUUGUCUGCCACGCUCUGCGCUGUCCAUCGGUCUCAUCAUUUUUCAAUGUCAUCGACUCGAAACAGCAUCAGCCUCCAAGUCCUCAAGCCAGCUACUUGCACAGGCAGUAGCUUGUACGCCAAGGAGAUGGCGUUGCUGGCCAACCACGUGCAAUCAGGAUUGCAAGCUCGAGUUGCUCCCAUCCCCAUCGACGACUGCACGGGUGGUGUCUACUACUUACGAACGAAGAAUCGUCGUUUGACGGGGGUGUUUAAGCCCCAAGACGAAGAAGCCUACGCGCCUAACAACCCCAAGCAAUACCAUAAACCAGAGGCUUCUGGUAUAUCCAGCAUGCGUGAGGGGAUCUCUGCAGGAGACGCCGCUGUUCGAGAGGUCGCAGCGUAUCUACUGGAUCACCAACACUUUGCACGAGUUCCAGUGACGAUGCUGGCUUCGAUUUACCACCCCGACCUCCACUUCAAGGCGUCUACGACCCCACACGGUAAGACUGGUGCGCUACAAGCUUACGUUGCUCACCGAGACACUGCAGACGACGUUGGAUCGAGUCUAUUCAACGUAGCAGAGACUCAUGCCAUCGCCAUCCUGGACAUCCGUCUAGCCAAUCAAGAUCGCCACGGAGGCAACUUGCUGGUGGUAGAGCCUGCUCAAACGGUAACUCAAACGUCCACCUCUGUGGUGACCAAGUCACUAGCGGGCAAGAAGGUCUCGCUCGUUCCAAUUGAUCACGGAGCGUGUCUACCGCGCAUCUCGGCGCUAUCGGAGACCACGUUCCUGUGGCUGCUUUGGCCUCAAUCCAAGCAGCCAUUUUUUCGCUCGGAACGCGAUUAUAUUGCAGCGUUGGACGCACAGCACGAUCUGAAGCUACUGGAAGACAAUCUACCAGCGAAUUAUCAGAUCGAACGUGAGGCUCUACUCACGUUAUUCGUGUGCACUGCAUUAUUGAAGUUCUGCGCACUUGACCGUCACAUGACCGCGUACGAUAUCGGAAUGCUCAUGUGUCGUCAAGGCCCAGCAGCUCAACAAGACAUGAAGCCAAGUGUUCUAGAGACACUAGUAGCUUCGUGUCGCCGCGAUCCAGCAGUGCUUAAGAGUGAGGUGUUGCUGAAGCCCGUGCAGAAGAUGGCUACUUCUUCCGACAAGAAAACAAGCCAAGAUAAAGCGUGGACGAGCUAUGUAGCCAUCUUCAUGGCUACAUUUCGCCGUGAGUUGGUGGCACACCUUGCGAUUGCCAAAUAA